GUGGACCGGACUGUCUGGACCGAGGAGUUUCCCCUCGUAGCCCGCCGCCUGGUCACCAUGGUGUCCCUUCCGUGUAUUUUCACGCUCACAGUGUGCGCGAGUGUGUUCGGACGGGUUUCCCCCGCGGAGCGCCACCUGGGCUCCAGUUUGUCCAAGUUCAGCGGCGCCGAGCAAACGUGCCCAAGUUUUCCGGGAGUGGAGUCGGCGCUGAGGAACAGCAGCCACACCUUUGUGUUCAAGGUGCGAACGAUGGGGUCCCUCACGCUGGCUUGGGUCGGCGACGGAUCCGGGGUGCUGUUGGUGCUGACCACGUUCCGGUUCCCUCUUUUUAUGAUCCAGUUUGGCCAGUCCAUCCUGUACAGGAGUGAAGACAGUGGGAAGACGUUUACAGAUGUGACCCACCUGAUCAAUCACACCUUCAUCCAGACUGAGUUUGGCAUCGCCAUCAGCCCCGACCACUCUGGCAAGGUGAUCCUGACAGGCGACGUGUCUGAAAUGGGAGGAUUCCGUCUGUUCCGCUCCCACGACUUUGGCCUCACCUUUACGGCGUCGGACCUUCCAUUCGAGCCUCUCAUUCAGAUGCUGUUCGACCCGGACAACAGCAACACACUGUUGACGCUCAGCAGCUCGUUGGACCUGUGGCUGUCCGAGGACUUCGGCACCACCUGGAGGAAGAUCCAUGACGGCGUUUGUUUGGUCAGAUGGGGCCAAAAAAGCAGCAUCUUCUUUACAACCAAUUACAACGGCUCGUGCAAUGACCGAGGCAUGUUGGUGUUGCGGAAAACUGUGGACUACGGACGGAGUUUUAAGACCAUUGCGAGCAGAGUUUACUCUUUUGUGCUCGGCGGUCGCUUUGUUUUCGCCUCCAUCAUGACGGAGAAGGGCACCGAGCGAAGGAUCCACGUGUCGGUGGAUGGAGGGGAGGUUUGGAACAUGGCUCAGCUUCCCACCGUGAAUCAUGAGCAGUUCUACUCCAUCCUGGCCGCCACUCAGGACAUGAUUUUCAUGCAUGUGGACGAUCCUGAAGACUCUGGCGUCGGAACAGUCUACGUCUCAGAUGACAGAGGAACCGUGUUUUCCAAGUCUCUGGAGCGCCACCUCUAUACUCCGACUGGAAGCGACACAGACUUCACCGCUGUUAAUUCUCUCCGAGGUGUCUACAUGACCAACGUGCUCACAGAGGAUGGCGCUGUGGAGACGGUGAUAACCUUUGACCAAGGGGGAAAGUGGCGUCCGCUGCACCGACCACACAACAGCCAGUGUGACUCGGAGACGCCUACCAACAGAGCCAACCGAUGCCGACUACACAUCCACGCCUCUUACAGCACCUCCAUGAAAAUGAACGUUCCCAUGCUUCCGCUCUCACAAGCCUCUGCUGUUGGACUCAUCCUGGCUCAUGGCAGCGUCGGAGAUGCUGAGUCAGCGCUGAUGCCGGAUGUGUACGUGUCGGAUGACGGUGGCUAUUCGUGGACGCUGUCCCUCAAGGGACCCCACCAUUAUGCCAUACUGGAUUCUGGAGGACUGCUGGUGGCUGUAGAGCACUCCAACUCUGCUGUCAAUCAAAUCAAGUAUUCCACAGAUGAAGGUCGCUGCUGGCACAUCUACAACUUCACCAGUGACCCGUUUCACUUCAGUGGCAUGGACAACGAACCCGGCUCUCGCUCCCUGAAUGUCAGUCUGUGGGGUUACAGGGGCGACUACAGCAAGUGGGUUGUGAUCACCAUCGACUUCAGGAAGCUGAUAACCAGAGAGUGUGGCCCGGGGGACUACGAGGUGUGGCUGUCCCACUCCACGGACUCCACCCAGACCAGUGACGGCUGCGUCCUGGGAUAUAAAGAGACCUUCUUACGCUUGAGGAAAAACUCUGCCUGUUUCAACGGCCGUGACUUCACCGUCACCAAGAAGCUUUCACCAUGUCCCUGCACACUGGAGGAUUAUCACUGCGACUUUGGUUACUACCGGCCUGAGAACAGCUCCGAGUGUGUGGAGCAGGAGGAUAUGAAGGGCCGUCCACUGGAGCUCUGUUUGAACGGGACGACGGAGCAGCUGGAGACGAGUGGCUACCGGAAGAUUCCGGGAGAUCAGUGUGAAGGUGGCUUCCAACCCAAGAGGAAGGAGACUGACUUGAGAAGACACUGCACGAGUGACCUCCUUCAUUCCAUUCCUCAGACCGACUCGGCGCCAGCGAAAACUGCGGUCUUGGUGCUGGUUGUCAUAGCGAUGCUGCUGCUGAGCGCCGUGGCUGGAGUUUGGUUUGUGAAGAAGUAUGUCUGCGGAGGACGGUUCCUGGUGCACCGUUACUCUGUGAUGAGAGAACACGUGGAAGCCAACAAAAUAGAGGGCGUGGACGACGUUGACACCAGCUACAUGGAGACAGCAAAGACGCAAUACAACGAGGAUUCAGAUCAGGGUUUGUUGGAAUAAGCUCAAGACUUUCUUCAGCUGGACGAAGACCAUGCUGCGUCAUGCAUCUCAUGGAGAUUCGCCCGUGUUCUUUACCAGCUCCCGUGAUGGGUGGAGCUGCAGGGUGUUUCCUUUUGCUGACAAAGUGACAUUUUCUCUGUGGACUUUCAUGAGAGCGAGGAGUCGAGGAGCUCCGAGUAGAAGAAGGGAAGUGAAGCAAUAGAACGAAGAAGUAAAUCAUGUCUGUUUUUAGUUUUGAAAAACGUUGGAUGCAAUGAAGUAGUUUUAGGUUUGUGGUGCGAGCCUGCUCGUGUCAUCGAAGUAGCUCCCUUUCAAAUUGAUUUUCUCAAUGUUUUUUCUAACCAGUUUUUCCUUCCCAAUCAAAGUUUUAUUUGCAGGUUGACAAUGCACUUUAAAUUGAUCUUUUAAUACACACGUUUGAUUUUAUUGUUCUUUUUCAAACGUUUUAGUUGGUCAGAUUUGAUUGCAUCGCUGAUCACAUACUUUGAGUUUUACUUUUUAAUCAUGGUUUGACUUUCAGUUGUUUGUUGUCUGACAGGGAAUAAAACGUGUUUUAUUUCUCGAGUGUGUGGUGAAAAGAGAAGACUUGAACUGGUACCAAAGCACUUUUACCUAGUAUGAUCUUUACAGGAGAACCAAUGUGAGUCCAGGAUUUUGACGUCCAUCUAGGCCCGAAACCUUUACUUGAAAUCUGAACCUGUAUAAGUGUGUGCACCAGAACCUCUUUGGUUCUGGAUGCAUGUACUGGUACCAACAGCCAUUGUGUUUGUAUACUGGACAGCAAUCAGAUGAAUGUUGCAAAUGUGAUGUUUGAUCUUGUCGAUUCUCUUCAUUCUAUAGUCCAAAUGUAUUCUGCUGACUGAAACACACUUUCUGUCCUUUCAUAAAUGGCUGAGGAGAGUUUCUGUAACUGCUAUUUCAGACAGAUGUGCAGGCGUACUGCUCGAUGCUUAUUUUAUUUUGAAAGAUUAAUAUUCCAGCAGAUAAGCUAUCGAUCAACUAAUGUGGUGGCAGAACUGUUGCUUGAUGCUUAUUUUCAAUUAUAAUGUACGCAACCACCAAUAAGAAAUAAUAAAUAUUUACUUUUUUUUUUUUUUUUGCACUGUAUCCUCAAAUCUGUGAAAUUGUGUCGUUUGUGCCUUGGUUUUAUUUUGUUUAACUUUGGGCCAAGUUCUGUAUUGAUCUUGUUGUGUAGAAUCUGAAUAAAGC